UGGGACUUUCUUUCCUUACCCCUCUCAGUCUCAGCCACGAUGAGCUUGGGCUCAUCUCAAAUUUUCGAAAAACUCACGGCAGGUACUCUUCGUGAAACCCUUCGAGAUCUGGGUGUUAAGAAAUGGGGAUCCCUUAAACGAGAUGAAAUGCUUGCGGAAUUACAAAAACUCGCUGGGGAUGACGAAACUUCACACGUAGAGGAAAACGAAGAGGAAGAAAGUCCGAUAACCUCCAAGUCGAGAACAGCCACAAAACCACGAAAAUCCCUGAGUGCGCCAGGCACCUCGCAGAAACGAAAAGCACCUCAAGCCUCGGAAGAAAUGGACUCCAUCUCUACUGCACCUGCUACAAGGAGCUCACGGCGCAAGGCCAACGAAAGUGUAGUCGGUAAAACGCGAACUACGAGGAGCAGAGCUGUGUUUACUCAACCUCCCCGGAAAGUUGUUGAAAAUGGUUCAAGUACUAGUAAAAGAAAACGGGGUCAGCCGUCUGCAACUGACAGUGAGGUCGACAUUGAGCAGGCGGACGAAGAGGAUCAGAAGCAACCCGCGAAGAGGACGCGCCAGGCGGUCACUAUUUCUUCCUCCCGCAAUGCGCGCUCUCAGGAUGAACCUUCCACUCGCACCACACGUAGUAAAGGUCCCGUUACCAGCGAGAGUAUAAGUUCUACUCCUCGUACUACCCGCGCUAGUGCGGCGAGAAAAGAAUCCCCUAACAGGAUCAGAAGUACUCAUCCAAGAGGAACAGCUCGUGACAGUAUCAGUUUACCCUCCCGUGUAGCUAGGCCACGAGCUACAAAUACGCGCAUGGACGUUGAUGAAUCGGCAUCAACAUCUCGUGCGCUUCGAUCUCAUGCAGCCGUUUCUUCUCCAGUCCGCGUAACUCGUGCUCGGCCCCAGCCACAAGAAGCCCAACUUUCAACUCGUGCUGGCUCGCGCACAAAAACAUAUGUGUCACGGGAGGCUCGUGAAGCUCGUCGACGGAGUCGUAGCGCCGCGUCCGCAUCAGAAGCUGAAUUUGAUUCAGACGGCGUCGACGAUGCUGACGUUCCUGUGCCUUCCUCAGAGGAAGAGGAGGAAGCGGGGGAAGAGAGCGACGAGGAAGAAGAGGAUUUACAGACUAAGAAAAGAGGGAACAGAAAUGCGAGAGCAAACUCUGCACCUGAGCCGGAACCAAAGAGGGGGAGAGGCAGACCACGCAAAACGAACGAUGAACCUGCUCCAGGACCAAAGAAGGGUAGAGGCAGACCACGAAAAUCGAACGAUGAACCUUCCCCGGGACCAAAGAGGGGUAAGGGUAGACCACGCAAGACAACACCAGCUACACAUGUCGAUGCAGACACUGGAGCAGUUGCUACGCCUACUCGUCCAGUCGGCAACAGGACGAUCAAGAAACCCAACCCAUACCCGACAUACGCCAGUCCUGUAGCAGCAAAAGGUGAACACGUUGCAAGGAACAAGAAUGUGAGUGCCAGAGGGCAUCCCAGGCCUGCCGCACGGGGUCGUGCUGGCAUUAUUCGCACACAACAAUCUGCACGUAGGGAUAAAGGCAAAGGCAAGCAGGAAUUCAAACACAAGUUUGAUGGUGUAGAAAUUCCAGGCCUUUCCUAUAAGAUUCAAGUCGCAGAUGAGGAGGAGGGAGAGGAUGAUGGGGACUAUGACCUUGAUCCUGAACACAAUCAUGAAGGAGCGGGUAGUGCUGAGGGAGGGGAUAAAGUAGGCCUGGAAGGAGGGGUUAGUGGUAGCCAUGGCGAAGAAGCAGAUAAGGCCUCAAACGAACCUGAAAAGAAUGAACACGUUGAGCGUGAGGUUGAGUCUUCAGAUGGUGAAUGGGCUCUUUCACUAGCCGACAAGGUUAUUACCAGCAAUGGCAGUAGUAUUCCUAAUCAGCAAGAACACAUUCCAACCUCUCAGCAUCCCGGAGAAACGUUUCAACCCGACACCGGUUCCAAUGACGAGGAGAUGCCAGACGCACCUUCCGAUUUCGCAAUCCCCGAACCACGACCCGAGACGGAAGAGCCCACUUCAGAACGGGUUGAGGGCACUACCAUUGAUACUGGAAUGGAUAUCGAUGUUGAUAUUCGUAUUGCUGACGAGGACGUUGAACAUGAGGAGAUCGCUGCGGAUGAGACUGUCAAUAACCUUCCCGUCGAAAACGAUCUCGACGUACUGCAAACCACCCAAAGCGUUGACGGAGAGGCCGAGAAGGAAAACCAUCUGGACGAAAAGGAGGUUGUGCCCCUACCUCAUGUCGAAAUGGCAGUCGACCAUGCGAUGACCGAACUUUCCACCCGAGAGCCAGUGGCAGACGAAGGUAACUCAGUUCCUCAUGUCGAAACUGGGACCGAGCAGACCUUUGAGGAUCCCCAGAACAAGGACCAGACGGAACACGAGACUCAAGAUCAAGAGGUUGCUCGUGUCCAUACAUUUGGUAACACUAGACAAGAAGACGAGGGGCAAGGCACACAUCGGGAAGUUCAGCAGGAUGAACGUCAGGACGUUCAACAAGAUUUACAACAGGACGUUCAGCAGGAUGUUCAACUCGAUGUUCAACAGGAUACCAACGACAACAACGGCGAAGCGACCACCAUCGACAAAGCUAAUGUUCAGAAACCAACAGAACAAGCUCUAUCAGAAUCUGACAACAUCAGUAAUGACUCGGUCCCAGCCGGAUAUGAUUUAGCCUCACUCCACUCACGUCCCGACCCCGGAGAAGUUGAAUAUGACAACGAACCAGGUGAAGAUGAACCAACGUCAUCGACUAUUCCAACCCAUGUGUCGUCCAAUAUCUUUCCGUCUCUUUCUGACCUUCACUCGCGUCCUAAACCUGGUGAACAAGAAGAGUUUGGUGAAGAUGAGAACGAGUACGGCGAAGAGCCGAACCCCCCGUUAACGGACGCUGUCAAUGAUGUUUAUGUCGGUGAAGGAAGCCCAAGGAUGGAAACUGAGAUUUACGAUCUCGAUGAGGAGUACGAGGAAGCCGAAGUCGGUCAACUCGCGUCUGCAGGUGCAACUCCUGAAGCGUUCAAUGGGUUUGGUGAUGAAGCCUUUGUCGAGCGAGAGGAGCCAAGUACAGAGGGUGAUUUGGAAGACAUGAUGAACAUCCACGCCAGUGCCAGUGCGAGCGUGGACCUUUUGGAUGGCGAGGAUGGAACAAUGCAGUUCGAAUCUCGGGGUGUGUCUAUCGAAGAAGGGACUGUCGAUGACGGUAUCAGUGUUGGUACUGGACAGAGGGCUCUGGUCGAUGAUGGGUCGAUGUACCUGAACGAAGAUGCCUUUGCCAUGGACGCUGAAGAAACCUCAAUGACAGGUGUCGCCGGUGGCCAUGUAGGUCAAUCCAGCACAAGUGGUGGAGCUCUGCCUGGUGUGGAUAUCGCUGUCGCCACCACCUUCAGCGCCGCUACCAUGACCACUCAAGGCUCCUACAUCUAA